UGAUAAAUAUAUUUUUUAGAUGUCUUAAAAUGUUUUGUUAGUAUUUUUUGACAAUUUUUGAAAAUUACGAAGAGUAGUUAAGACCCCAGCCCCCCCACAAACAACAUACGUUCUCAAGUAAAUACACCAAAUAUUGAAAUAAUUUUAAAAAUAUUAUUUAUUAAAUAUCCGAUUUUUAAUAUAAAACCAAGAAGGAAAAUAUUGAAAUAAUUGUUUAAAAAUAAAAUAUAUAAAAUAUUAUUUUAUAGCCUCAAAGAAAGGAUAGAAAAUAUUGAAAUUUUUAAAAAAUUGUAUUUAUUGCUUACAUAACACAAACCAAAUAGUAGUAUAACAAUAGCAACAAAUACAUUGUUACAGCAGCUGUAUUAUCCAGGAGUAUUUUCUUUAUAAGACUUUUGUAGAAUUUUCAUUCCAUUUUUCUUCCCAUUCUCUCAUCCAGCAAAAUGUUUACCCUAACGAAAUUUUUAUUAAAUAAACCCCGAUUAUUGUUUGUAGGCGCUCUCAUUGUAACCAUAUUCCAUAUGGCCCCCCUGACCAUGGCUUGUUCUAGUCGUUCUCUGCCCAAGCCAAGGCCAUCAUCCAUUGCUGCUCCCACAUCCACUAAAAUACCCAUUACCACUACUUCUUUGCAUACCACAAGUAGCAGUACCACCAGAGACACAACCACAACCUCCACCACAACGACAACAACAACGACCACAACCACCACACCCAGGCCCAAUAUCACAUUUCCAACCUUUAAGUGUCCAGCAAAUUUCGAUGCCUGGUAUUGUUUGAAUGAGGCCACCUGUUUUACGGUGAAAAUUGGCGAUUCCAUUAUGUAUAAUUGUGAGUGUGCUAUUGGCUAUAUGGGACCUCGGUGUGAGUACAAAGAAUUGGAUGGCAGCUAUCAACCCAAACGUCCACGUCCGAUUUUGGAAAAGGCCAGUAUUGCCAGUGGUGCCACGUGUAUUCUACUCUUUUUGUUAUUUGUUUGUUUGACUCUCUAUUUGCGUUACGAUCAGAAAUCCUCGAAAAUUCUCAUGGAAGAUGAGGACUAUGGUGUGGUUCUACCAUCAUCAUCAUCAUCAUCGUAUGGUGGUAAUUCAGUGAAUUACUAUAACAACUGUAGAUUUUGUUCCGAUAAGUAUUGUUGUUCUUCUUCGGCCAGGGAUUUUAAUGAUUCGAAAUUUUUGCUGGCCAAUGAUAAAAAUGCAAGCAAGGGUAGCAGCAGCAGCUCUUGGUUUAGGCAACACAUUGAAGCCUUUCCCAUGGGUCUGACCAUUAAGCGUUCCAACAAAAUUUAAAGAAAUAAAAGAGUAGGAAAAUCUCGAAAUGUUUGAAAUAUUUGAGAAAAAACUUAAAAAGAAUUUGGAAAUAAAAAAGGAGAAAUUAAGGAAAAUCUCGAAAUGUUUGAAAUAUUUAAAAAAAAAACUUAAAAAGUAUUUGGAAAUUAUUUUGGACUUCAAUGUUUGCUAAUCUAAGGAGAAGAUUCGACUUUUUUUUCUAAUUUCACAUAACCUCAAAAAUUAAAAUAUCAUCACCAACGCAAAUAUGA